GGUACGUCAGCGGCAGGAUGGCUGUAGCUGCGGCGGCGGUGGCAGCGGCGGCAGGCAGCGCGGCCCCGGCGGUGGCAGCAGCGGGGCGGGGGGCAGUGUAAGAUGGCGGCGCUGCGGGAGGGGGGCAGGUACGGCGUGUCCUGCGGCAGGGUCAUCCAGGACAACAUCACGGUGCUGCACGUCAAGCUGACCGAGACCGCCUUCCGGGCUCUGGAGAGCUACCAGGGCAACAAGAAUCGUAUUCCUUCUCGACCCUCAAUCCAAUUUCAAGGACUCCAAGGGCUUGUCAAAAUUCCCAAAGCUGAUCUCCCAAAUGAAGUGCAUAACUUUAACUUCUACUUGUCAAAUGUUGGCAAAGAUAAUCCUCAGGGAAGCUUUGAUUGUGUCCAGCAAACUGUCUCAAGUUCUGGAGCCUCGCAGCUCAAUUGUCUGGGAUUUAUACAGGAUAAAAUUACAGUAUGUGCAACAAACGACUCUUAUCAGAUGACAAGAGAACGCAUGACCCAGGCAGAAGAAGAAUCUCGCAACCGCAGUACAAAGGUCAUAAAACCUGGUGGGCCAUUUGUAGGUAAAAGAGUACAGAUUCGGAAAGCACCACAAAGUAUUCCAGAUGCAGUGCCCGAGAGGAAAAGGUCAACACCCAUCAAUCCUGCAAAUACAAUACGAAAGACCCACGUAAACAACAGUGUUUCUCAGCGACCAUAUAGAGACAGGGUGAUUCACUUACUGGCACUGAAGACCUACAAGAAACCAGAGCUACUUGCUCGCUUGCAGAGAGAUGGCGUUAAUCAAAAAGACAAGAACUCCCUUGCAGCUAUCCUUCAGCAGGUAGCCAACUUGAAUCCCAAGGACAACUCUUACACUCUGAAGGAUUAUGUAUUUAAAGAGAUCCAAAAAGAUUGGCCUGGAUACAAUGAGAUAGACAAACAGUCAUUGGAGUUAGUACUUUCUAGAAAACUAAAUUCAUCUCAGAAUGCCACCAGCACCAGUCAUUUGGAAUCUCCUCUAAGUUCUUCUAAAGAUGCUGCAUCUGCUUCUCCUUCCCAGAAACGGCUGUUGGAUUCAGAUUUUAUUGAUCCUUUAAUGAAUAAAAAACCAAGAAUAUCUCACCUUACCAAUAGAGUUCAACCAACAUUAAAUGGUCACUUGACUGCUUCCAACGAGAGAGCUGCUGCACCACCACCACCACCACCUCCCCCUGCAGCCGCUGCCACCCCAACUCCUCCAACGCUUCCUUCAACUCGCCUUCCUGUUUCAAAUCCUCCUCAGCCGGUAAACUCUAACUCCAAUUCCCCUAGCACUCCUGAAGGCCGAGGGACUCAAGACCUUCCUGUUGAUAGUUUUAGUCAGAAUGGCAACAGCAUCUUUGAGGACCAGCAAGAAAAAUAUACCUCUAGGACUCCUUUGGAAAUGCCAGCACCCACUGCAGUUGAGUUAGCGUGUCCAAAGUCAACUGAUGAGGUACAUUCAGUGUUGCACAAAAAAUCCAAAAAGAAGUCAAAAAAACAUAAGGAGAAGGACCAAAUAAAAAAACAUAACAUGGAGAGUAUGGAAGAAAAGGAGAAAGACCUUAAGAGAGAAGAAAUUGUCAAGCUGAAAAAUUCCAGUUUGGAUUCAAGUGAAGAUGUUAAAGAGACUUGCACUGACUCUACAGAUCCUUCAUCAACAAGUGAACUACCAGACUACUUUGUAAAAUAUAUAGCUAUUGUCUCAUAUGAGCAACGCCAGAGUUACAAGGAUGACUUCAAUGCAGAGUAUGAUGAAUACAGAAGCUUACAUGCCAGGAUGGAGAAUGUCACUAGAAGAUUUAUGAAACUUGAUGCUCAGCGUAAGCUCCUUUCUCCAGGAUCUAAGGAGUAUCAGGUUUUCCAGGCUUUGGGAGGGUGGGAGAAGAUCCCUCCCCUUAGACGUAGGCAAGGCCUUACGUUAAGUAGCAUGUGGCUGCACAAUAUUUUACAGGGGGCAUUGAGAAGGUGGCUAUACAAGAGGAUCUUCAAACAUAGCCACUCCAUGGCCUUAUCGCAGCUUUGUCUGCAGACUUGCUCUUCUCCACAGCAGGAGGGUGACCAGAGAAUAAAGGUAGUUCAUGAGGAAGUCCUACAGGAAUAUCAGAAGAUCAAACAGUCGAGUCCCAACUAUCAUGAGGAAAAGUACAGAUGUGAAUAUCUUCAUAACAAACUGGCUCAUAUUAAAAGACUAAUAGGUGAAUUUGACCAACGACAAGCAGAGUCAUGGCACUAGAGCUCUGCUUGGACCAGAUGAUGUGAAUAAACUUAAGCUUAUUUAUUUAAAAUUCCACAUGAGUUGCUCUAAGAUUCUAAAAAGAUUAAACUUUUGCAUUACAAAAGUUUCAGUAUUAGCAGACUUGAGUUACUACUUUUGUUGUUGAGGUUGCUUCUCUGCAUAUUUGAAGCUGCUUUUUUCUGGUCCCUUCUUUUCCUUAAGACUUAUAUUUGUCCAUGGAAAUCAUUUUACCAGUAGAUACUGGGGACUCAAUGUCUCUACUUUGAAGUUCUGCACAUUU